UCUCUCUCAUCUCUACCCACGUACCCUCUCUCUCAUCCAUUCAACCUGCUCUCAUCGAUUGAAAGGAACCAGGAAGGCGUCUCACUCUCUUAUCGAUUCAAUCGAACUAGGAAGAAGAAAUCGACGAUCUACCUCUAGGGAAAUCAGUGCGAAAGGUUGGCAACGAGGCGGUGACUGCAUAGAUUGAGUUUAUAGCAUGGCUACAACAACGAAUCAACGUCGAUGCCGACGACAACAGUUAAGUUUAUUUUGGACGAUGAUCAUGCAAGCGAUUGUGAUAUAUAAUGAACUUAGGUGUCGUGCACGACAUCUUCCAAGAGCUCCUCAUACAAAUUGGAAUUCUGAAAGAGAAAUAACACUUACACGAAUGUUUGGCACGAGUGAUACAAUAUGUCGUGAUCUCCUUAGGAUGAAAAUAGGUUCAUUUCAAAGAUUAUGUGCUCGUUUGCGAACUUAUGGAUUGGUUGACAGGAAAUACGUUCGAAUUGAGAAACAAGUCGCAAUUUUUUUGAAUACAGUCGGGCAUGACCAACGUAAUCGUGCUGGACGUUUUACUUUUUUUCGCUCUGGUCAAACAGUGAGCUUUUGCUUUCACAGAGUCUUACACGCUUGUCUUGGACUGUAUAGAGAUGUUGUGACUAAUGCCACUCCUCAUAACUCACCAUACGAAAAAGAAAAUGUGCAGCAUUGGUACUCUUUUUUCCAGGAUGCCGUAGGAGCAAUCGAUGGUACACAUAUUGCUGCGUAUGUGCCUUUAGAGGAGCAAGGUAAAUAUCGCAAUAGAAAGCAAGUGAUCUCCCAAAAUGUUUCAGUAGUUUGCACAUUUGAUAUGAAAUUUACUUACGUGCUUGCCAAUUAG